AUGACAGCCCAGAAGGCCCUCCAUGACCGGCCCCAGCCUUGGGCGUCCACCCUGUGCCACUUCCCCUCUAGCAGUCCUCUGGCCACAGUGGCUUCUGGUGUCCCAGCGCUCCCGCCUCCACCUUCGCACCUGCUCUUCCUUUUCCUUCUAGGACACCUCCCCUACUUCUGGAAAAAGGACGAGGUUUGUGGGCGCGUGCUCCAAGAUGUGUUUUUGGAUUGGGCUAAGAAGUACGGUCCAGUCGUGCGGGUCAACGUCUUCCACAAAACCUCGGUCAUCAUCACAAGCCCCGAGUCCGUCAAGCGGUUCCUGAUGUCCACCAAGUACAACAAGGACUCCAAGAUGUACCGCGCCCUGCAGACUGUGUUCGGGGAGAGACUCUUCGGCCAAGGCUUGGUGUCCGAGUGCGACUACGAGCGCUGGCACAAACAGCGGAGGGUCAUGGACCUGGCCUUCAGCCGGAGCUCCUUGGUCAGCUUGAUGGAAACGUUCAAUGAGAAGGCUGAGCAGCUGGUGGAGAUUCUAGAAGCCAAGGCGGACGGGCAGACGCCGGUGUCCAUGCAGGACAUGCUGACCUGCACCGCCAUGGACAUCCUGGCCAAGGCAGCCUUCGGGAUGGAGACCAGCAUGCUGCUGGGUGCCCAGAAGCCUCUGUCGCACGCCGUGAAGCUCAUGUUGGAGGGCAUCACCGCGUCCCGCAACACCCUGGCAAAGUUCAUGCCCGGGAGCAGGAAGCAGCUGCGGGAGAUCCGGGAGAGCAUCCGCUUCCUGCGCCGGGUGGGCAAGGACUGGGUGCAGCGCCGGCGGGAGGCCCUGCAGCGGGGUGAGGACGUGCCCCCUGACAUCCUCACGCAGAUCCUCAAAGCUGAGGAGGGCGCCCAGGACGACGAGGUUCUGCUGGACAACUUUGUCACCUUCUUCAUCGCUGGCCACGAGACCUCCGCCAACCACUUGGCGUUCACAGUGAUGGAGCUGUCUCGCCAGCCGGAGAUCGUGGCGAGGCUGCAGGCCGAGGUGGAUGAGGUCGUGGGUUCUAAGAGACACCUGGACUUCGAGGACCUGGGGAGACUGCAGUACCUGUCCCAGGUCCUCAAAGAGUCGCUGAGGCUGUACCCCCCGGCGUGGGGCACCUUCCGCCUGUUGGAGGAGGAGACCUUGAUCGAUGGGGUCAGAGUCCCUGGCAACACCCCACUUUUGUUCAGCACCUACGUCAUGGGGCGGAUGGACACGUACUUUGAGGACCCACUGACUUUCAACCCCGAUCGCUUCAGCCCUGGAGCACCCAAGCCACGGUUCACCUACUUCCCCUUCUCCCUGGGCCACCGCUCCUGCAUCGGACAGCAGUUCGCGCAGAUGGAGGUGAAGGUGGUCAUGGCCAAGCUGCUGCAGAGGCUCGAGUUCCGGCUGGUGCCCGGGCAGCGCUUCGGGGUGCAGGAGCAGGCCACGCUCAAGCCACUGGACCCCGUGCUGUGCACCCUGAGGCCCCGGGGCUGGCAGCCUGCGCCCCCGCCCCCACCCUGCUGAGGAGGCCCCUGGGCAAGGGCCGUGCCCACCCUCCUUCGCUGCCCACACCACCCACCCUCCCUGCCCCUCCACGCUGGCUCCCAGGGCCCUCUGCCCACUUCCUGCUUCACACCUCUCAGUGCUCCUGUCGCCCACGCCUCCAGGGCCCCCUGGACUGGCCCUGGCCUAACUCCGGCCGCUGCCACCAUCCCUCCCACCUCUAAACCUUUGCACAGGCAAAGAUACUCUAGCUCCUGCUCAGCCCCUAAAGCCCUCUUUGGGUGUCACCCCCUCCAGAAAGCCCUCCCUGAUACCCCGGCUGGGCCCGGGGCCCCUGUCUGUGCCCCGUUGGUCACCUGUGCUACCUCUAACACCACACUGACCACACUGUAUUGUGAGUGUCCUUUGACAUGACCAGCUGCCCUGCCAGGCUGCGAGCAGCCCGGGGCGGGGUCUGCGUGUGUGUCGCCUCUGAGCCCCUGUGCCCACCGAGGGCCGGCACAGAGUCGAUGCUCAAUAAAUGUGUGUUGACUGCAUGAAUGAA